AUGAACUGGAGACUGAUCACAUUCUUUGCAUUGGUAGGUCUUGGAACUGUGAAGGCUACAGUGCUCGUUACAAUUCUGGUGGCUCGGAUGUAUCGGACACUAAAAGAAUAUUCCAGUCGUAUGUCGAGAAGAGCUUUGGAUAGGCAUAAGAUUGCUUUGAGAAGUUUGAUUAUGCAGUUCAUGAUCACUCCCAUAACAUUCUUCCCUGCUUGCAUUUGCCUACUCACCAUCUUGAUCCCAACCUAUUAUUCGCAACUAAUCUCCUGGUACGCGUGUGUAGUUAUCACAACUCACUCGAUAUUCAACUCUAUUGUUGUUGUUCUCACAUAUCCAGAGUUUCGGAGAACAUUGUUUUUCUGCAAAAAUAAAAGUAGAAGAGUUUCUAUUAUCGGCAUACCCCACAGGAGGCCUUCUGGUGUUUACACACCUGGUGAAGUGGUGUCUAAUCAUUGA